AUGUUGAUUCUGGCUAUAAGGGAAAAUAAGAUUCAUAAUGUCGUUGUUGCUAGGAAUGAUGUUCCGGUCCAAGGGCCUAUUCCAUAUCCAAGACCUACAAUUCUACUUCCCAAUCUUGUGAUUUAUGGCCUUCCUCCAAGAUUUACUCCUCCGUUGGAGGGAGUUGAUACUCAGUCGAUACAUACCUCAUGGUUCACUGAUGGAGUUGCUACACAAGGGACGCUUGUUGUUAAUCAGAUCCACAUUUCUUGUACUGAUGAGGAGCUCCAAGACGAGUACGAAAUUCAAAAUUAUCAUGGGGUUCCUCCAAUGGUCAACCUUGUUGCUACUAAGGAUUUUAAAGCUAUCCUAAUGUGUCGUGCCUUGGAAAAAAAACUGAGGGUCAUGGAGGGGCAUAACUCAACCAGUUUGAGUGCUUUAGAAAUGUGUCUAGUUCCAAAUGUGGUGAAUCCUCCUAAGUUCAAAGCACUAGAAUUUGAGAAAUACAAGGGCCUCAACUGUCCUAACAUCCAUAUAAAGAUGUACUACCGAAAGAUGUCCGCAUACGCCAAAGACGACAAGAUCAUGAUUCAUUGUUUCCAGGAUAGCCUGACUGAGCGUCUCUGGAUUGGUAUAUGCAAUUGA